CCAUAAUACACUUAACUGAUGUGCAGAUUUGUUUAAGCUGGUCUGCUCGAGUUGAGCUGAUGAUAGAGUUAAAAAAUAAGUAAGAAAAAUCAACGUAACUCUAAUAAAGAAGGUGAUAUUUAGUUAAGUGGAAUUUUGUGUUUGAGACUGAAACAUAUUUCCAUUUUCUUUUGGUGCCGCUAAGUUUGAUUUUAUUGCAAUAAGUGAUUAAAGAUUGCAACAAAUUUACAUUUGUGAGGGCAUUGACCGAUACAAAGUGCAGCAUAUUUACGUUUGUGAAAACAUCGACCGAGUAUCUCCACUAUAACAAUGUCGCGACGUCAGCAUCAUCGACGAAUUCCCCAUUCUUCAUCAUUAGAAGGUAAUGAUUUUAACCGUGCGAGGGAUGACGAUGACGAUUUGGAUGUGGAUCUGGAUCUGCGUGAUAUUCCUGGUCAAAUCGAAAAAGAGGUUCGAUACAUUGAACGCAACAAGGACCGUUCAGCCAAUAUCGAUGCCGACUCUUUAUAUGCAGAUAAAGGAAGUGGAACACGAGUCGGUCGAUGGAGUGGUCGUCGAAAUGCUGGCGAAUCAUUUGAGGCCGGACUUCUUUCGACAACAGCAGAAGCUAGUCUAUACGAACACGAAAUGAACGUGGGACGCUUCAAUAUUGGUGUUGUUGAUGACAGUGAUCAGAAAGGUGUUGAAGCCGCAGCUUCAGCUGUAUCUAUUUGCCAGCGCAUCGGACCGACAAAAGUACAAUGCAAUGCAUUAAGUGCUGCAUAUGAGUUGGGAGCUGGCCGAAACACAGGAGGAUUUGUUCGCGGUAGUCUUGCUUCUGCUGGUGUUAGUUGUGGGCCAGUCGGUGCUAACAUUGGAGUUGGAUUUGAUACGGGAGCACGUGUGGGAGCAGAAGGAGUCGAAGUUCGUGCGUUGGGAACAGGCUUCAUGAUCGAUAGAAACGAAGGAGUUGAGGUGUCAUUUUUUGGAACGUCUCUAAAAUUCAAACCUUGGUGAUGAUAUGAAUCGAUGUGAAUUUGAUUGAAAAUAAAUCGAAUGGACGAAGAAAACGUCA